UAACCCAUCAUAUCUCACAAUCAUCCAAAUUAUAAAUCUUCUUUUAUUCCUUUUCUCAUUUCAUUUUUUCAACCAAAAUUUUAACUUUUGGUUCGUAAUUUUGUUGAGAGGUUAAAGAAAAAAGUGGUAGGAGAGAAUUUUGAUGAUACUUAGGUGAACUUAAAAGAAAAACAGAGGACCCACUUUCAUCAAGUUCAUCAACAUCAAAAUCUCUCCAACCUCAAUAUUAAUUUUGUACUCUUAGUUGUAUUUUUCUGUUUGUAUUUAUAAGAUCUUCUCUUUUAUUGGUGUUAGUUGAUCCACUGUACCAUCUCUACUUAUUUUUGAGGGUUCAUUCUUAUUAAUAACUUGUACCACAAAUUUCAUCUUCAAAACCCUAUAGGAAAAAAGCCCAGUUUUUUCUUCAUCAGUUACAGAAUUUAAGUUAAUGGGUCUUCAAAACUAGACUCAGCAUUCUCACUUCAAACUUUGGAUUUUCAUAUCUUAUUACACCCCUAUUACAGGAAAUCUGCUCACAUAACAAGAACAAUCUCAUUUUUUGUUUGUAUCUGAAAAUUGGAAUUGACAGCCAUUUCCUUUAAAGGGUAUCUUUUCUCUGAAUGUUAUGUUUUCUUCACCCAAUAGACAUCCACUGUAUUUGGAUUCUUUCUAUUCUACUCCAUUGUUUUUCUUCUGACUUUACAUAAACCACAAAGUUUUUGUUUUUGAUUUUUGAAGUUUGUCUGAAAAAAGAUACUCCCUUUUUUUUACUUUUUGACAAGAAAUUGCAGAGGAGGCCCACUAGGUGGAAUACUCUGGUGGGCUUCAUUGAAUUAGCAAAAACAUCACAUAUGAAUAUAUGAUGAUGAUAUCCAAAGUUUUCUCUUUUUAAUAGAUCAUUUCUUUAAAUUUUUUUAAUUUGAAACUUGUUAUAAAUAGUUCACUCUCAUUAUUAUUGUAGUUGCUUCAUUGCAAUUGGGUCAUUCUUAAAAUUUUCUUUAAUCCCUUUUAUGUAGAGUUAAAAUCUUUGAUAUUUCUUCCCCCCAUCUUAAGAAAUCACCUUAUCUAAAUGCUGUUCUUCUUGAUAUCUUGUGUUUCUUUCAUUUUCUUGUCAAAGUCUCUCUCUUUAAAAUCCUUGCCAUCAUGGCUUGGUGAUAUGAGAUUGUUCUUCCUUUGGUUUUGGAGAAAUCUACUAUCUUUAUUAGUUAAUUCUCUGAGAACAACGAAAAUUUCAAUUGAAAAUUCAGAAAGAAUGUCUUUAAGAAAGAAACUUGUUAGUAGUACAAGAGUUGAACAUGUUGAAGAAGAGAUGAAUUAUGAGAUGUCUGUAUUGGAUUUGCCUGAACUAGUUUUGGAGAGCAUUUUAGGUAGACUAUCUCCAUCUGGUUUAUGUUCCAUGGCUGCUGUUUGUAGCUCUAUGAGAGAUAGAUGUAGGAGUGAUUAUCUUUGGAAAAGACACAUGGAUGAUAAAUGGGGUAAAGUUAUUGGUAAAGCUGCUUAUCGCGAAUGGCAAUGGCAUAUUGCUUCAAAAAAGAAUUAUGCUCUUGAUCGCAGUAACUCGAAAAGUAUUACCAGAUCUUUGUCUUGUAUAUGGCCUCUUGCUUGGUUUAAAUCGAAGCUCGAAAAUUCGAACAAACCCAAGAGUAGUUUACCUGCGGAUUCGAUCAUGUCAUGGUAUCUAUCUCUUGAGACUGGCAACUUCUGGUUCCCGGCUCAAGUCUAUAACCGCGAGCAUGGUCAUGUUGGAUUUAUGUUGUCAUGCUACGACGCCGAGCUUAGCUAUGACAGCCGCACAGACACCUUCCAUGCUAGGUAUCCUCCUCAUGGCCGGAGGACUAUUGUGAUAGAAGAAGGUGUGGAGUGGGAUAGGAUAAGAGCACCGGCAAUUGAUACUCUUCCACAUGACCUUCAUGUGUCAGACUGUCUACAUGAUCUACAUCCCGGAGACCAUAUUGAGAUUCAAUGGAGAAGAAAUAAAGAAUUUCCUUACGGUUGGUGGUAUGGGAUCGUUGGUCACUUGGAGCAUUGUGACGGGAACGAGAGGCACUGCCUUUGUCAUAGUAGCGAUACUGUGGUACUAGAGUUCAACCAGUACACUCAUGGUUCAAGGUGGAGACAGACGUUUCUAAGCAGAAAAGAUCAUCGAGAAGAAGGGAAUGAAGCAGAUGGGUUCUACGGAGGAAUCAGAAAACUUUAUGCUGCCGAUGAAAUUUCUAUGUGGAAACGGUUAUGGCCUACUGAAGUCUUGGAAUAAUAGCUAGAUUCAACCAGUGUAGAAUAUCAUUAGCCUUAGUUUUCCCUACUUUAAUAAUAUCAUUAGCCUUAGUUGGAAUUAUAACAACCUGCCUUUCAGAAAUACUAAAACAUUGUUUGAAUUUAUGAUGCAAUUUAAGUUGGGCAAUGUUUUAGUAUUUCUAGACUUUGAAGAUUUUCUGAAACUACUCUUGUUCUUUCAGUACCUCAUUCACUAGGAUUUCCUUUGCGUUGCCAUGGUCAGCCAAUGUCCCAAAGCAAGAUGGUGAUGAAUAUCACUAGGCUUUUGUUGGCCAACUCGGCAACGCCAUUUCAUGGCUUCAAACUUUGUAGAUUACAUCGACCUCGAAACUGAUUCUCUCGUUAGGUAUCUUGCAUCUAUGAAAAGAGUAAUUGACA